GGAUUGUUUCGUGUUAAUUUUAAGGAUAAUUUACUGUUCUAGAUAAUUAAAUAUUGUACCAUUCUUGUUGUCCUUUGUUGUGGGAUCCUUUGUCCAGUUUCGUUGAUCAAGUGUGCACUGAAGUAUGUCGUCAUCGUGCAGAAAUUCGUAGCGAAAGUCGUGUCGUAGAAAACACCAAAAUAUCAACAUAUUUCUAAUGGCAGUAUCACAUUUGAUCGAAAAACUGAAGUUUGGCGAAAGGUACAUUCUGGCAGACAUCGUCGUGGUUCCACUAUCUGUCCCCCAAGAUGCGGUUUCCGAUGAAGAGCAUGUGGGGGCAGCGCGCAACAAGUAUCUGACGCGCGAUGUCUGGCAAUCCUUCGUGUACACCAGGUUGUACGAUCUGUUCCGCAGGCAUUUGCCCGGACACGGCCAGGAUGUGAACAAGGAUAGUCCAUUUCAGCUCAACCAAGAGUAUCGUUUACAUUGUAAAGAUCGUCCCUAUCUACAGAUGAAGUACAAUUUCCGCGAUAAACACUUUCGCAACACGCUGAACGGGCUGUUCAGGGAGAAAUCCUCCUCCUUACACGACAGCUGUAUCUAUGUGGAGAUCAGUGAUCAGGGACAAGUAUUGUUUAACAAGAUUGACGAUCGUGAAAAGACUGUGUUACGAUUGGUGAAGGAAAUCGAUGAGCUCAAGGCGGCCCAAGCAUCCUCUGCGGAGGCAAAAAGUACUGAACGAAGAGCCGGUGACGGAUCACUGGAAUAUGAAGAGUAUCAUCCCGAACCGCUUAGCAAGAAUGGAAUUGAAAAACACGGGAAAGAACAAGCUAGCACUAUUGAGUAUGUGCCUGCCACGAUCAACGGUCAAGCCAUCGCUACAAAGCGCACGUACAAGCCUUCUAAAAUUGGUAGCAGAGCCAAGACUGAUGCACAUCCGGAACCGGAUCCCUAUACGCCCGAUUCUACGGAUCGCAAACCUUCAAACGUAUUGUAUGUGCCUUCGUCGAAUUCGCCUAAAGACCCCGCCGCAACGACCACAUCGGCUAAGAGGGAGCGCAACCUGUUCGGCUCGGAUGACGAAGAGUAUGAUCCGACUGGCGGUCAGGAAAGUGGCGAAGAAUUGAGCAAAAGCGGAAGCGAUAAGGAUAUGUUUGCUGACGAUACAACGCCUCCUGCAGAGAAAAGACUGAAGGAAGGGAGAAUUUCGAAAAAGCGCCGGAGCAGCAGCGUUGGAGCACCGAUCAAUAAACGAGAGGUGUUACAUCGAAAUAGUAAACAAAUCACGCGCAACAUCGAGACCGUUCAGGAAGAGAAACGAAGAAACAAGGGUUCGGCGAACGUUCACGAUCUACCAUCGUCAUCGGAAAGCAACAGCAAGAUCAGUCUGAAGCUUAAAAAUGGUGUUCGUAAAAAGAAAGAUAUUCGAAAGCAGGACACUGACGCACUCCCUAGUUCCGGAAAGUCGAGAGACGGCUCAACAGAGAAACCUAUCGUACAGAAGCAGCCGGCAACAUCGGAAAUGCUCGACUGUACGAGUAUGUCAAACGAGGAGAUCAUUAGUAGCUUCAAUUGUUUCCAGGCGGAAUUACGAGAUAUCUUUUAUCGGUAUAAAGAUUUGACCGAGCGCCACUGGAAAACAUCCUCCGAACUGUGCUAUUACACCGAUCUAACGCAUGUAGUGGACGAGGAUCAGAAGUUACUAAUGCUAGAACAGCUCGAGGAAGCGUUUGUGUUGGAGCGUGAUCGGGGCAAGUACACGGAAUUCUUCACUUCGACGCUUAUGAUCGAGUGGACUCUGCGGCUUUUCAUGCAGCGGCACAACUUCAAUGAUCGACGUGCCGCGCUCGAUCGCAUCAAGCAGCAGGAAAGGGCUUACUUUGCUUCGCUGGCAAACGAUCUUCAGUCAAUGAGGCAUAAGUAAUCUUCUCGGCGUGACGCAUCACAUUCCCGAUGGAUGCCCGGAACGGGGUCAUUUGUACAUACAAGAAUAUUUAUAAAUAUCAUUUGGGUUUGUUUUUAUUGAUCUUUACCGUUUUUAUUUCAACCAUAUAAAUCGAAUUAAAGGUUUUAUCCAUUAAUAA